GGGAACUGGGAGGAAGGGAUAUAUCGGAGGAAGGAGUAACACUUUUGUGUGUAGAAAUAAGUAGUUAAUCGCGAAAACAAACAAAAAGAAGUAGAGAAUCCAAAAUUUAUCAUCAAACUAAAUCAUUUCUGCAAAUAACUUUUAGUAGCAGUUGCAUCUCUAAUUACCAUCUCUAGCGGGGGUUCUUCAUUAUUAGGGCUGGGUUUUUUCUUAUGCGUUUCGGUUAAGGGGUAAAAAAGAAUGAGAUUACUCGAAGAAAUUGCAGAAACGAUCUCACCGGUUUCCUCUAAUUCUUCAUCUUCUUCUUCUAAUUCUUCUUCUUCAGUUGAGGAUUUUGGGGAUAUAAAUAGGAAGCUAUUAUCUGGUUGGCUUUUUAAUUGUCAUGGUUUAUGGUAUAAUCUUGCUGUGAUUAUUCCAUCUGUUAUAUUCAUUGUCUACUUAGGUUAUCAAGCCAAAAAGAGCUUCAUUAAACUUUCUCAUGGCCGAUCUCAUAUUAUGAUUUCAUACUAUGGACUUCUAUGGCUUGUUAGUUUGCUCAAUCUUGCUUGGUGUUUUCUUCAGGCAUGGGAAUGUACUCCUGGGAAAGAAUCUGGAUGGAACCUUUUAUCGUUGUUUACAUCAUCUGGGAUGCUGUUCUUGGAAAUUAGUUUGGUCGCUUUUCUACUUCAAGGAAGCUAUACUAGCAGCUUGGAAGCUUUAACGCGCACUUUUGUGAUCUCUGGCAUUAUUGUUGGCGGUGAUAUACUCCUCAAGGCAAUAUACGUAUAUGGCUUUGGAGUUCCUCUGUUUAUAGACACUGACCAAGCAACAAACAGGGCGAAAUGGGGUUUACUGCUAAUUCACAAACUAUUGUUGACCACGGCUUACGGAUUUAUAUUGUACAUGCACCAUUCCAAAUGGAGAGAGAGAUUGCCUGCAAGACCUGCAUUCUACAACUACAUCUUGGUGAUGUGUGGCUUGAAUGCAGUAGCACUUUUUGCUUGUGGGCUUUUGGGGACUGGGGCUCUCUUUGAAUUGUGGAUGUACAACCUCACGACUGUCUGCUAUCACGCUUUCUAUCUUCCUCUGAUAUAUUUGACCUUUCUAGCGGAUUUCUUCCAGGAGGAUGACUUGCAUUUAGAGAAUGUAUACUACUCAGAAAUGAAGGACGCCGGAUUCUUUGAUGCUGAUUGGGAAUAACCUUUUUAAGACAAAGGAUGCACUGUCCCCUUGUUGUGAUAUACAGGUUUGAAAGAAUUUCGCGUAAAUGCCCGUAACAAUCAGUAUCGAAGUGAAGAUAUGCUGAUUGUUAUACUGAACACGGGUUGAAGACACCCUGUAUAUAGAAAAAAUGAGCAACAUUAAAAGAUAAAAUUGCUUUCCUUCCAUAACUCUAUGUACCUUUCCGUUGCCUUUUGUACCAACACAGUGAUUACAAAUUAGUAGUGUGCUCAUGUAUACUGAUUUCACAUAAGCAUACUGAUGCAGAAGGGCAUGAUAAUAUAUCUUUGUCUUUGCGAACUAUAAAACAAAUCAAAUAUUGUUGGUUUUUUGUGAAA